GUCACUUGUCACUUGAGUGCAUAAAAAAUCAAAACAUUCAUUCAAACUGAUCAUUUUUUACUGUUUUUUACCCAAUUAUUAUUGAUAUUUCAAUUUAACGUGUCGAGAGAUUGUGCAUUAUCCGCAUAAUCCUAUAAAUCCUGUAUAUUGUGUAUUGUAUGAAUCAUGAUGUCAUCAUUAUCAUGAUCAUUAUCAGUUAACAACAGAGCAAAGACUAAAGAGGAACAGCUGUUUAGUACAAAGUUAACCUUACAUUUGCAUUUUACCCACAACAAUGUUUUUGUAUAAUUGCUACAAAUUAUAAUUAAUGUAUAUAGAGAAUUAAUCUACAACAGCAUUCCAUAGCAGUCAUGCCUAAAAAGUUAAAAAUCGCAUUUAUUCAUCCAGAUCUUGGAAUAGGAGGAGCCGAAAGACUGGUUUUGGAUCUUGCUGGAGCCCUAACUCUUUCAGGACAUGAAGUAAGGUUCCUCACAAAUCAUUUUGAUCCCACCCAUGCAUUUGAUGAAUUAAAAAAUGGAGAUUAUCCUGUAGAAGUGUAUGGAGACUGGUUACCAAAAAGUGUUUUCGGAAGAUUUCAAGCCCUGUGUGCUUAUGUCCGGAUGGUAUAUAUGUCUAUAGUUUAUUUAUUAUUCUUUAAAAAUAAGGACAAACCGGAUCUUUACAUUACAGACUUAAUACCAGUAGCAAACGUAUUUUUAAAAAUUGCUGGCGAGAAAGUUAUCUAUUAUUGUCAUCAUCCUGAUUUACUUGCUAGUACUCCUGGAGGCGAACUAAAAAAAUUCUACAGAAAACCAAUAGAUUGGGUAGAAAUGAAGACAACAGGAAAAGCAGAUGUUAUUUUAGUUAAUAGUGAAUAUACUGCUUCGAUAUUUCGUAAAACCUUUUCAAGCAUACAUAAAGAUAUCCAAAUUUUAUAUCCUACAAUCGCACGUUCGUACCAAAAUACAGUAGAAAACUUAAGAGAAGCUAAACCAAUACAAGAAUUAGUGCCACAAAUAAAGAAAGCAGCUGACACAAUAGUGUUUUUAUCGUUAAAUAGAUUCCAUCCAGCUAAAAAGCUGGAAUUUGCUAUUCUAGCAUUGGCCAAGUUAAAAAAUCUAGUUUCUAAAGAAGACUGGGAGAAAAUUUACCUUAUUAUAGCUGGAGGUUAUGAUCCACAAUUUGCGUUGAAUGCAAUUACAUACCUAGAUUUAGUUAAUUUAACCAAAGAGAAGCAAUUAGAAGAUAAAGUCAUAUUUCUCAAAUCACCUAACGAUAAUUUAAAGGCGGAGUUACUAAAAUCUUGUACAUGUUUGUUAUACACACCAGUUAAAGAACAUUUUGGUAUUGUUCCGUUGGAAGCAAUGCUUGUAGCAAAACCUGUCAUAGCCAUAGAUAGUGGAGGGCCUAGAGAAACAGUGGAGCAUGGAGUAACAGGCUAUCUUAGUGAACCCACAGGAGAUAGUAUGGCUGAAUUUAUGUCUAGAAUUGUAUCGGAAAAUGUGGAAGAAAUGGGCACUAAGGGUAAGAAUAGAUUAGAAGAGAAAUUUUCAUAUACUAUUUUUAAGAACAAUCUUAAUUCUGUAGUUAAUAAUUUAAUGGAAGAUGAUAUAAACAAGAUAAACUAAUAAUAUGUACUUUGUUUAAUAAAAUUUAUAAAAAUG